UAAUCAUAUGAUAUGCUGGACUCCCCCAUCAUUGAUGAUGACUUGGUGAAGAAAACAACUUCAGACAGCAUAUCGUCUUAUGCCUCUUGCUUUCCUAAAGCUUUAACUCAUUAACGUUUGAGAACUAAGAGUUUCAGCUGUGUGGAUGAAAAAAAUUGAAUGAUGGAGAUGUUCUGUGACUCAUGCAGGCAACACCUGAAGAAUUUUAUGGAAUUGAUACGGAGGGCCUCAGAAAACCUCUUGCAGAAAAUAAAAGAUUUUUUUACAUCAAUACAAUGCUGUUGCUGUCUGAAACGGAAUAAACCUGAGUCAAACAGGUUUUACAAACCAGUUCUUCAACAACAUGAGAAAGAAGCUGCGCAGCAGUUUUUGCAGCAUGUCGAAGAAGAAAGUAAAAUGAUUGACAAUGAAUGUCUGGAAGCUUUGCGGACAUUAGCUGCUUCUGAAAACCCAAGUCUACAGCAAUCAGCUGCUCUCUAUUACCUACAUAUCAGUGAACAGUUGAAGAAUGAAUUGCCUGAUGAAUACCUGGAGCCAUAUUGUGAUUUGUUACGGUCCAAUGAUUUGGAAGUGCAGAGGAAGGCUUCUCUAUCACUGGUCAAUCUCUUAGUGGAGGGUAAUGUGAACAAAGAGACAGUGGUACAGGUUGGAUUGCUGGAGCCCAUACUUGAGCUGCUUCGUUCAGGAGAUGCCACUGUACAGUGCAACUCCUGUGCAUGUGUGGCCACCUUAGCUACUUCGGUUUUAAGAAGAAAUGCCAUUGCCUCUGAAGGGGGAAUUAAACCUCUCUUAGGUCUUGCAAAGUCAUAUGAUCCCAGAGUGCAGCAAAAUGCAGCAGGUGCCAUUCUCAACCUUACAAAAUCAGAAAAGACUCAACAUUUGCUGUGUAAGGAGGGAGCUCUGCCUGUUCUGAUCCUACACCUACAAUCCCCUGACUCCGAAGUCCAGUAUUACAGUUGUUCUGCAUUGACCAACAUCGCAUCCAACCCACUGCACCAUCCAAGUAUGCUUCGAAUAGGUGAUGGCAUUCUCCUCAAAAUGUUACAGGCUCUUAUGUCGUCCACUGUGGUAAAGGUCUGCUGUCAAGCAUGCUACUGCCUCCGGAACUUAUUCCUAAAUGCAGACACUCAAGAUGAUAUUGUGGCCAUGAACUUCUUGCCUCAGUUACAUGAAUUGUUGAAGUUCUCCAAUAAAAGUGUGAAUGAAGCAGCUCUUUCCGUUCUCAGCGUUCUAUCAGAGAAUCAUUCCAACACGGCUGUCAUUGUGUCUGAGAAUAUCUUAAAAACUUUGGGGAAGUUACUGUUAAUUUACAAAACAAGUCCUGGAAUCAGUAAUUAUGUUGCAAACAUAAUCCAAAAACUAGCCACGAGUGGGACUCAGCAGGCUAUUAUUGACAGUGGAUGUGUUGUGGUCCUGCUCCAGGUCCUGGGACUCCUCACAAUUCAUAACGAAACUUUGCUGUAUGUCACAGCUUGUAUUGCUCAGCUCACAAACAAUGAAAAAAUAAGAACACAAAUAAUACAGGAAUCAGAUGUAAAUGUAGCAGCUUACCUGUUGAUGCUCUCAAGUCAGUCCGGAAAUAUCGACCUCUCCUUCCAGGCUGCUUAUAUAAUCAGCCAACUUGGACAAGAUGAAAUGUUUACCUUGCUGUUGAGACCACACGUCAAGGAGAUUGUAGGUUACGUCUUACAUUUUCUCAAGCAUCAGGAAAUUAGAUUUCAACAUCUGGGCCUUUUAACUAUACGGAAUUUCAGAAAAGAUUCUCAUUUUGCAGCAGCGUUCAGCCAGAGGCAGUUGAUAGAGCAACUCAAUAAUGUUUCUCAGCAAACAGCAGAAAUGCAAGAACUACUUCAAGCUGUUUUAUACCAGAAUGAGGAAGACUAAACACAAGAUGAUUGAUGAUGUCACCUAAGAACUGUGUAUCAGGGGAAGUUAAAACUAAAAGAACACAAGAAAAGCAAAGAUACAUUUGUCAUGACCAGGUGAGGGGUGAUGUGCCCCUUUCUUUAAACCCACUGUCUGUCAGUCGUUAUAAAUACUUUUUGUUUCAGUUUUCA